AUGGGUUCUCACAUUAUCGAUAUCCUGCGGCAGGGGAUAUGGGCAUCGUUGAGCGGAGGCUGGUUCUACGACCCCCAUCAAAACAUCUUCUCCAACACUUUCCAUCUGUAUCUAUGGAUGGCCCUACUCGUUGCCCCUCUGAUCCUUCACCUUACCCUUGUCUCAUCUGCACUAGUAUGGGGAUUGUACUGCUUGGUGGUUGGGUUGGUGUUUGCUAUCCUGAAAGGUGUAAACUACCGGCUCCACUACAUGUAUGACACCACCGAGCUGACGGAGGGAAAAGAUGAAACAGACAAAAAGGACAACAGUGAUAAGGACAGCAAGACUAUUGAACUAGGUGAUGGUAAGUCAAGUGCGAAGGGUCAGGAAGAAAUAGAGCUGCGUCCAAUUGGUCGGCCCUUGUCUGUACAGCCAGGAACUAGUCAUCAUGAUGAGGAAAACAACAACAGGGGAAUAGUAGCAGUGGAACUGGACCUUACAAGGAGACGGUCAGAUAGAUCUGAAAAGAGGAAGACUAAUGGACAGGCACCCCUGGCAGAGCUUGAAGCAGAUGGGAUGGAUACACAGCCAGAGACUGAUCAACAAGAUAAAAAUAAAAAAUCCAAACUAGAAGUGCAGGAACUGACAAAUCUUAAAGGUGCUGAUGGAGAGAGUGAGAAAAAUUCAAUUCCAUCUAACCAGAACACAACUAAUUCUGCAAAUCAGAUUACUACAAAAGCAGAUGUAGAGGUGAAUCCUCAGGUAUCUGAUGGUGAGGUAGAACAGGGUGAGAUUUUGGGACUUAAGCUCCGCGAGGACACUGAUUCUGACCUAUCACCUGAUGCUGGAUCCUGGAUACGUAGACGUCGCAAAGCUGUCAGAAGGACAAAAAGUUCUUUGGAGAACACCUCCAGAUCGACACCUCCAAUAUACGACCCAAGCAUCAAAGUCAGUGUGAGAUCAUCACUUCCUCCCCAUCAAAGAUUCUCAAUGCAGACUGUACAGGAGCAAGGACAUUCUGAGACAGGUCUCAUUAGGCCACACAGUGAUCAAAACAUUCUGAAGCGAGUGCGACGGUCAAAACGGCCAGGCGAUGGUUGUGCUGUGGUGGAUGUAGAACAAGACACAGGUUCUCGACAUCAUACACCUUGCUCUCUGUCAAUGGAAUCUGAGGAGACUCGUAUCAUACACAAAAUGGACAGAGACAAGCCUAGAAUUAAAUGUCAUCGCAGUGCAUCAGUAGAUGAAUCUGUCAAUUCCUCUAGAUCAAGGGUUCAUGCAAGGCCACCUUUGGAAUCAGCAACAUCUUUGGAAGCUGAAAUCAUGCUGAAACUUAUUGCAAAGAAACAGACAGAAGAGGGUGAACAAUAUCAAAGUGAGGUUUCAAAUGAAAGAGUAAUGGAAAUUCAUGAUGAUGAGAUGAACAACGAAAAUAAAAAAGACAGAGAUUCAGUGCCAUCUUCACCACAUUUUUCCAAAAGUACUGAAGUGCUUUCUGAAAAUACAAUUCAAGAAACCAAUGUACUGACUGGCAGAAGGCCCCGACCUAGUGCUGCUUCAGUUGACAGAUUGGGCACAAGGGAGAACAAAUUAGAACGUAGCUUUACAGCUGGUAAACCACGUCGCCCAAAACGAUCUAAAGACAGACCCUGUAGUGUAGGAGAUUUGGAGUCUGUUCCAACCAGCUUUGUGAAUGGAAGUGAGGUAGGCUCAGGAGUCAAUUCAAAACCCAGAGACUUAUCAUUGACUUCAAGAAUUGCACGGUUUCUACAGGGAGGUAACUCUGACAAUUCUUCUAAUCCCCAACAGGAAGCAGCACCAUCUCAGCAAAGCAGCACAGUUGGUCUGGACUGGCUUUUCAGUACUGAUAGUGACUCACUUAGUUCUGAUGGGCGGGAGAGUCCUCAUUAUGAUGAGAAGAUAUGGUCUGACUCGUCCAGCACAAUGACAAAUGAUGGGGACACCACUACUGUGGAGACAACUAGCCCAGAAUUGCCAAUUAACUACACACCCCUACCUGAUAACGGCAUCAUCACAACCCCAUCCACCCCUAGUCCAGAUGAACUUGAGGCUAUGAGGAGGCAGGGUGCUAUCCCCAAAAAGUAUCCCACGCGCCCACUUCCUGCUCUUCCGUCAAUUCCUCUACCACCCACUGAAAAUGAACCUACACCUAGUGCAGCUACUCCUUCAUCAGGGGAGCUCUCUGAUCCAGAAGAUUUUCGUCGCAAGAUUUUGGAGAUCUUGAGUGAAUCUUCAGACAAUCCAGAACAAAUCAAGAAACUGAUCAAUGUUGUUAUCACCCAGGCUACAGAAAGACGAGGCAGUAGAGGCACUGACAGUCUCAGUGGAGAUAGACACAGACAUGACAAAGAGAAGCAUGACCCACAUGCCACACCUCCUAAUGCCCCACCCCCACUGACUGAGGACCAAGAGGCUCACUCAUCCAAGUCUGCCACCCCAACUGAGGUUUCUGCUCUCCUACCUCUCACAAGCCAGAUCUCUACUGGCUCUCGAAGUGGUCGAAAUGUGAAAAGGCGCAGAGUGGACAGGACCAAGUCAAAGAGUCGUCAUCGUCACAACACACCACCCCAUUUGUCAGAAUCAAGUGGCACUCAAAAUGUCCACAUGGCCACGUCACAUGAUGACACAACAGAGGGUGCAGUGCACUGGUUUAAGGAUGACCAAGGUAAUUGGUUGUCAUACACAUUUGGAGAAAACAGUAGUGGCGUAGCCUUCAACACAAAUGAGACAAUUGAUGCCACAGUACCGUGGUCAGAAAAGAGUUGGAGCCUGAGCGGCUCAGAUUCUACUGUGAUAUUAGACUCACCGAAGGCAGAGACCAAUAAGGAUGAACCAAGUCUGUUGGACUCCAAUGGGCAGGUUGUCCUCAACUAUGUCAACCUUCCUGGUUUGGUGGAAUCACAUAUGGGUAUGCACAAUCGUCGUACACGCAUUCCAUCAGUCUGUCCAACAGGAAGUUCUUCAGAUUCUGAUCUCCAAGACUCAGCAUCUCAUGAUGGGAAGCCAAAACCUUUCUACAAAUUUAAGCUGAUUCCAUUUUUAUCAAAAUACAUCAAAGUCCAUUUUGAUAGAUUGGCAUUGUUAGCUUUAUUAGAUAGGAAUUUAACAAUUAUAGAGAACUUUGUAGCUGUGAUAAUAUCAGUGGCUGUAGCUGCCCUAGGUGCCCUCGUCCUCAGCAGUAACUUCUACCACGACUUGUCUGUUUUCCUCUUCUGUUUUAUUAUUGCCAGUUGUCAAUAUUCACUAGUAAAGAGUGUCCAACCUGAUGCAGCAUCACCCAUGCAUGGAUACAACCGUAUUGUGGUGUUCAGCCGUCCAUUUUACUUCUGUGUGUGCUGUGGCCUUAUGUUGUUACUGGACUAUGGCCGACAAUUUGUGCCCACCACCCCAACCUAUGUCUAUGGAGUGCCAUUUACUGUUGCGUCCUGUCUCAUUUUUGCCAGAGACUUUCUUCAGAUAUUUAUCCUGUGUUUCCCACUCAUAUUUACACUGGGCCUCCUGCCACAAGUUAACACCUUCAUGAUGUACCUGCUGGAACAGAUUGACAUGCAUGUGUUUGGGGGUAAUGCUACGGUGAGUUUGGGGGCAUCAGUGUACUGUGUGGUGCGAAGUGUCAUGGCAGUCACCUUCCUGUAUGGAGCAUGCUUCCUUGCCAUUGGAGUGGGAGCAGGAACAGAGCACCAGGCUUGUGAUGACAAGGACCUGUCUCAGAAUGUCGUGUUCUCCAUUUUUUCUGCACUGCUGGUUGCUGUAUCUUACCACCUCAGUAGAAGUGCUAGUGAUCCCUCUGUUCUGUGGAUGCUGUUGCGAGAUCUCAUGUGUAAGGAGAAGAAAACAGAGGGAGAGGAAGGAGACCUCGUAGAUCCACUCCCCGAGAAACUCAAGAAAUGUGUGAGUGAACGUCUACAGUCAGACCUGUUGGUGGUACUUGUUAUCCUGGUUAUUGGGUUUGCUGUCCACCUCAGCACAGUCUUUAGCAGUCCAGACCUACAUCCCCUGCUGAGUGAUAUACUGUAUUACAUAGCCGCCAGUGUCGGCUUCAUUGCUCACUACAUCAUUCCUAUGCUACGUAAGGAGAUGCCUUGGCUGUGCUGUUCUCACCCCGCCCUUGCCUCUAGAGAGAGAAACAUGUUUGAGGUUGAAGGUGCUCCAAAGAUCAUGCUGUUUGAGAGAUUCUAUGUGUGGCUUCGUUUUUUCGAACGUAAUGCCAUGUACCCUGUUGUCUUUCUAUGUGCCUUGACCCAGUCAACACCUCAGAUUGUGUGCAAAUUUGGAAUAUAUGUGGGGCCACUUAUCAUUGCCAUAUGUGCCCUGAAGUUGCUGAGGUUUUCGUUUUCUGACACACCAAAGCAAUACCUUAUUAUUACAUUCACUGUGUUCUUCUUCAAGUACGACUACAGACAUUCAUCAGAAACAUUCCUCAUCGAUUAUUUUUUCAUAUCCAUUAUUUUUUGUAAGUUCUGUGAUUUGAUGUUGAAGAUGAAGUUUAUCAUUACCUAUAUAGCUCCAUGGCAGAUCACCUGGGGCUCAGCUUUCCAUGCAUUCGCUCAACCUUUCAGUGUUCCACAUUCUGCCAUGCUAUUUUUACAAGCAGGAGUCUCCUCCUUUUUCUCCACUCCAUUAAAUCCUUUCUUAGGAAGUGCUAUAUUCAUUACGUCGUAUAUUCGUCCAGUAAAAUUUUGGGAGAAAGACUACAACACUAAACGGGUAGACAACACAACCACUCGGCUCUCAUCACAGUUGGAGAGAAAUCCAGGUGCUGAUGAUAACAAUCUUAAUUCCAUUUUCUACGAGCACCUGACACGGUCACUACAGCACAGUCUGUGUGGUGACCUGAUGAUGGGACGCUGGGGAAAUGCAGAGCAGGGAGACUGUUUCAUCAUGGCAUCUGACUACCUCAAUGCACUUGUCCAUAUCAUAGAGAUGGGCAAUGGGCUUGUCACCUUUCAGCUGAGAGGGUUAGAGUUCAGGGGAACUUAUUGUCAGCAGAGAGAAGUGGAAGCUAUCACAGAGGGAGUGGAGGAUAAUGAAGGCUUUUGUUGUUGCGAGCCAGGCCAUCUACCUCAUUUUCUGUCACUGAAUGCUGCCUUCCAGCAGCGAUGGCUGGCAUGGGAAGUGGUUGUUACCAAGUAUGUCCUAGAGGGCUACAGCAUUUCAGACAUCAGUGCUGCAUCCAUGGCCCAGGGCUACGACACACGCAAAAUGCUCAUCUCUUACUAUAUUAUGAGCAUUAUAUACUACAUGGUGCGUUCACCACGCCUUGAAACAUGGCUACAGAUGGAGGCUCUUGUGGAUGCAAUGAGGUCGACAACAGAUGAUAAAUAUGUGGAUGUGGACCCAACUUUUGUCCUUCUCAUUGACGAAGAUUAUGACCCUAAACUCAAGGGCAUUUCCAGAGAAAAGUUUUGUAGCACCUAUCUUGACUGGAUCAACUACUGUGUCAGCCGCAGGGAUAAGUCUCUGGACACUGCCAAAGACUCCAUGUUGGUGUCGCUGUGUUUCGCCUUAAGUCUGCUGGGCAGACGGGCGCUGGGAACUGCAACACACAACACAGCUUCAUCCAGUAUGGACUUUUUCCUGCAUGGGUUACAUGCACUGUUCAAGGGUGACUUCCGUAUCACAUCACCCCGUGAUGAGUGGGUGUUUGCUGAUAUGGAGCUGUUAAGGAGAGUUGUUGCCCCUGCUAUAAGGAUGGCCCUAAAACUACACCAGGACUACUUCCUGUUCACGGAUGAGUAUGAAGACAAACCAACAUUGUACUCUGCCAUCAGUAACUAUGAACAAAACCUAGUCAUCUGUCAUGAGGCCGAUCCAAAGUGGAGGAAUGCUGUUCUCUCCAACAUGCCUUCACUGCUGGCUUUCAGACAUGUGUUCGAUGAAGGACUAGAUGAAUACAAGGUCAUCAUGCUCAACAAGAAAUACCUCACCUUCAGGGUGGUAAAGGUCAACCGGGAGUGUGUUCGUGGUCUGUGGGCUGGCCAGCAACAAGAACUCAUCUUCUUACGAAACAGAAAUCCAGAACGAGGCAGCAUUCAGAAUGCUAAACAAGCAUUGCGUAACAUGAUCAACUCUUCCUGUGACCAGCCCAUUGGCUAUCCUAUCUAUGUUUCCCCUUUGACAACUUCAUAUUCCUCCACAAACACACCACUUGCAUCCAUCAUAGGUGGAGAGUUUAUCCUCGCUAAUGUCAAAAGCUUCUUCCAAAACUUGUGGAAAAAAAUGCGUCGGCGAUGUGGAGCUACCUGUGCUGGCAGCAGCUCUGGAUACUCGGAAGAUCUACCAUACUCGCUCAGCUGUUCCCCUGCAGGAGCUGCAACAGCCCUUGGCAGUAUUGGUCCAAACUCUCGCUCCAAUUGCUCUACCUCUACUCCUACAAAUCAAGAGCUUGCCCUGCAGACUCUGGGAAACCGUGGGAGUUUGGUCUCUACAGCAAGCUCUGCCAGUAAACCCAGUGCUCUCAUUACUUUAGCAGGAUUUAUCAGUGAAACUACAGGGAGCAAAGACCCUCUACCACAAAAAGUGCGGAUCACUGACACCACAAAAGUCUUCCCCACCAUUAACCUUGGCCGUCGUAUAGAUGUUCAGUGGCCGAAUGAAGACUGGAAGCAGAGUGGUGGAAAAUCGGGCUGGGCUUCUUGGUGUCCGGCCGUGGGUAUGGAGGGUACUGUUGUACAUCGAUGGGAACCUUGUCACAGAGAAACAAUUAAGCGUUCACACGUGGACAAAGUGAUAUUGUUAGUGCAGAUCUCGGACAAGUAUGUACCUAUUGCUGAGGCAGGAGUGUUGGAUCUAGGGGCAGAAGUAUGACAUGAGGCCAGGUCAUCAUGGGUAUGACACAGUUACGUCGUGUGACAUUAUUUGUACAAUAACGUUGUCACAUGUUGAUGUUGUAGUAUGAACGUCCUACCAUCAUCAUUCUAUUAUAAGGACAGCAACAUUGAUAAAAUACUGUCACAUGCAUCUUUGUAGAUCAAAGUGUGAAAUUAUCCAUGGAUACAUGGCCAAAAGAUUAAAAAUACAUUGUGUAGAGACACAUGUUAAAAGAUCGGGUGAGAAAUGUAACAACAUAUCAACUUCCUACUUGAAGAGUUAUGGUCGUCAGUCUGUCGACAUAGUUGUGUAUCCCAGACAUCCAACUGAGUACAGUAUCCUCAGUAACUACAGUGUGUUGCAUCAUGAAAACAGGCUGUCAGUAUCCCACACAUUAGUAUUGUUUGAAUCUUGUUUCUCAUCUCUGGUAGUCUGCGGCAGUGACAUAGCAGGAACAAAGCAUUGUAAUCUUACCUCAGGCGGUACAUCCUGGCAAGUUCAGUUUGUGAGGAUUUUGAAGAAUGGAGAGGUUACCGAGAUUCAUUAGACUUAUCUGUUUAUCUGUGAUUUGUUGGGAAGAUUUUACUCGUGGUUUACCUCAGUUUCGGCAUGGCUGACUUUCAGAGGGUCAAAGGUCAAUGGGAUAUGAUGAUAUAUGGUGGGUAUGAGUGUGAAACGCUUCAUUCUAUGAACAGAAUGUUAUAGAGCAUCCUUAGACAUUUCUGAAAGGACAAAAACACAUGUAUCCAGUCAGAUCCUAACAAUAACUGAGCCCUCAUUUGUCUAUAUCUCCUCAGAAAACUAGUACUGGGAUAAUACAUAUCCUUAUAGUACCUGUCAACUUUAUAUCAUCUGUUCCAGGGUACAUCUAGUACAACCUGUCUACAGUACCUAGUCUGUUCCAGGGUACAUCUAGUACAACCUGUCAACUGUAUAUCAUCUGUUCCAGGGUACAUCUAGUACAACCUGUCUACAGUACCUAGUCUGUUCCAGGGUACAUCUAGUACAACCUGUCUACAGUACCUAGUCUGUUCCAGGGUACAUCUAGUACAACCUGUCUACAGUACCUAGUCUGUUCCAGGGUACAUCUAGUACAACCUGUCUACAGUACCUAGUCUGUUCCAGGGUACAUCUAGUACAAUCUGUCUACAGUAUCUAGUCUGUUCCAGGGUACAUCUAGUACAACCUGUCUACAGUACCUAGUCUGUUCCAGGGUACAUAUAGUACAUCCUGUCUACAGUACCUAGUCUGUUCCAGGGUACAUCUAGUACAACCUGUCUACAGUACCUAGUCUGUUCCAGGGUACAUCUAGUACAACCUGUCUACAGUACCUAGUUCUGUUCCCGGGUACAUCUAGUACAACCUGUCUACGGUAUCUAGUCUGUUCCAGGGUAAAUCUAGUACAUUCUGUCUACAGUACCUAGUUUGUUCCAGCCUUGGUUAGCAGCUGAGAUAGUUCUGGAUACAAGUCAUUUUGUUUAAUCAACACGAGUAGACUUACAAUCUUCUUAACCAUUAAUCACUGAAGUUGUGUCAUAUAAAACUGCUCAAAAUUAUAAUCUGCUAAGUGUAAUAACAUAUAAAAAAUGUACAUAUAUUUUAUUUCUACCUUUUGUAUUGAUACGAAAAAUACUGACUGCUUUUUAUGUUCAGCUUGUAUUUCAUUGAUUCUAAAUUAUUUUUGAUGUUAGUUGUGCUCUGUUUACUAUGUGCUGAGUAUAAAUGGAAAGAGGGAAAAAACAAUCAGUUGUCACCAUCACACAUCGUCACACCAGGGUGAAGCAUUUCAAACAGGAAUGGAACAAUGCAUAUCAGGUUUGAGACAUAGGAAGCUGGUCUUCUUUGUAAAGAAUCAUUCAGUAAAUAUCAUAUCUGUGUCCAAGUAACUAUUGAAUAAUUAUGUUAUCACAAAUUCAUAAAGAUUUUCGUUACUGCUUGAUGUAAGAAGUCGAUUUACUGUUGUCACAAUGAUGAAAAUUGAUAUCCCUAAGUGUUUUGAUGAAUUUUUUUGUCAUACAAUAUGAAAGUCUAAUUGAAAUUGAUGUCACAGCUAAUUUAAAAUUGUAUGCAUUAUAAUGGACAAGGUAGUGUUAAUUUAUUGUUUAACAAUAGAUCUGUGUAACAUUCCGGUGUUGAGAGCAUGGAGUCUCGAGGGAGACCCUUCGGCUGAUUAACGGAAAUCUUGUGAUACUUUACUUUUGCCAGUACAUAUUUAUGUACUUUUUUGUGUACAUGUUGCUUAUUUUAAAUGAUGUUCUCUUCUGCCUGUGAUUGCUUUUUCUGAUCAGAUUUCAAAUAAGUUUAGGUGUCCUCAAAUUAAAUGGAUGAAGAAAACUACAGAUUUUUUUAACAUCCCACCCUUAUAUUUUAAUAUUUCUAGAUUUCUAGGAAUGCCAACCCAUAUCCCACCCUUUUAAGAUCAGGUAACUCAUAAGUCUUAUACUGUUGAUAACAUGCUUGUAGACUUCCAUUGUCCUUGCAAUAAUUUUUUGAUAAUUUGAAUGAAAGAAAGACAAAAAUAUAUGUAAUUUUGUUGAGAUUCCGUCAAAUAACUUUAGCUGAUAAACUUGUCAGACUCUUUAAAACAUUAAAACAUUGUCUUACUGAGGAACAAACAGAAAAUUAUAAGAUUGAUAGAAAUUUAAACAACGUAAGGUACCAGUGUUUAGUUGAUUUAGAAUGAAUGUUGGACUUUUAACGACCAAAUGAAGACUUCUUUUUAUUAUAGAUUGAUGUAUGUAUGUUGAUGAUACAGGGGAGAAAGACUACCUGGCCCAAUUUGCUCAAAAGUUACAGUUAACCAGUGGUUAGUGUAAAAUUCUAAUUGUUACCAUUCAAAAACCCAAGAGAGUUUUAGGCAAAAUUCACACUUAAAAUGUACAUGUAUUAAUCUGACCUGUCUCAAUAAACCUACUGCUGUAGCAUCAUUAAGAAUGUUCCCAAAUUUUUUUAAUUUGUCUCAGAGAUUUUUUACUAACCACUGGUUAUCUCUAAUCAGCCUUUGAACAACCAGCGGCAUGAUGUUUUUUAAAGUGAAGUCUAGUAAAUCCAUUUCAAAUCAUUUAUGUUUUAAUAUUCAAAACUUUAUACACAAAAAUGUAUAUCAAGUUCUUACAAUGUGGUAAUGAUAGUGCUUUAAAGUGCUGUGGGACCGGUUGCUUGUGUUGUUUGAGAGUGGUGUUGCUGUAGGUCCAAAGACAUAAUAUACCUCUAAUUGAAUGUCCCAAAUGUGUAUCCUGGAUACAGGACACUCUGCCUCUAUAUCCAGGUUGUCUGUAAUAAUUGUUAUCAGCUUUAAAAUCAGAAUAGAUGUUGGUUACUUCUGGUUAUGUGAUAGGUUACAAGACUUAUUUUCCAAACCACUUUCUGCUUACCAGCCCUCUUCCUCGUGUUGGUGCUGGAAGCUGUAUAUGUGGUGUACGUUAGUGAUACAGUUAUAUUUCAUGUAUAUUUACACCAGGAAUACGGGACUGUGCAAUUCAAAGUAUACCGGUCAAUAUGUUCACCUGUCUUGGCUACCUGCAAUGGUAGUCAGCUGCUCUUGUCCAUAAACACAAAUGGCAAUCCCCACAAAGCUAUGAGACUAGUUUUGGAAGACGCCAACUUGUACAGAAUGUUUUUAAUCGUAAACAAGAGGUCAUGUCUCGGCAGCUCAACUUGAUGUUGGUAAAUUACCCACCAAUUCCAUGACUCAUGUACUGCUUCAUAUUGUACUGUGAAGCUUUUUUAGUUGUUUAUUAAAUGACUUUGUUGAUUUGAAUUUCAGUAACUAGAAUUUAUUCAACUGGUGUCAAAAAUGGUUAUAUUUGAGACAGGUUAUAACAAGGGCUUCAAUUGUAUGAAAUGAUUUAAAUAGAUUUUCUGAAGCUUGCCUCAUUUUGACAGUUGUGGAUCUCUGGUACAUUGUCAGACAGUAGAUUGGUGUAAAAGGAUUUUUUUUCGUCAUACUUGAUAAGUUUAUAAUUAUACUGUUUAUUAUAGGUGUUCAUGGCAAUCAGUCAGUGUUGUAAGAAAAAUCUACUUAAAUACGUCUCGAUGAUGACACAUGGGGUCAGGUUGACUAAGCCCAGUCCAAUUUUACUAAAUUGAAUGUUAUUGCCAAUAGAUUGACCGGGCUGUCUUUAGUACUAUGAAAUUAUAUCAUCAUUAUUAAAAGAAUGACAGUCUAAGCAAUCACUGUAGCAAUGUGAAGUACGAUUCAUAAAUUCAUAUAGAAGCUACUUUUAUUUUCUGUAACUCCCGUCACUGAAAAAUCAUUUGUGACAUGCUGAUAUGAUCUAUCUACUUUCAUUUUAUACUUACUUUUACUUGCAGUCUUCAUCACAUGUUUCUCAUAUGUUUGUAUUACAUAUGUACAUAAAUGUUUACCAAUGAGUUCAUUGUACCUCACUCAAGUCCAAAGUAAUUUGAACACUUAAUUAAUUUGCUAUGUAAAUUUGCCAAGUUCAAGAUAGUUUCAAUUCCAUUUCUGUAAAUGCACAAGUACAGAAACGUUUUGCUGAUCGUAAACAUUUUUUAAACAUCACUUAUACUCUGAGCCAUAGCCGAGAUAAUGUCAUUUUUUAACAUGUGAUGUUGAUUUUCUCAAAUAUUAGAUAUGUAUGCUGUUCUUUGUUAAAAUUACCACAGUAGGUUGAUUUUUGAGAAAUUGUUGCAAAUGAUGUGUUUCUGGUAUUUUAAUGGUGAUCUUUGUUUUCCAUAUCUUGUUGCCGUAGGUAACUAGAGAAAGUAUACUUGUUUAUAAUUUGUAAAUGUACACUUAAGUCAGCAAGUGUCUUUUUAAUUAGUGAGUGUGUGUACAUGAAAAUCAGCAGAUUGUUUUAAAGUACAAUAUAUGUGUGGUACGUAGCUGUCUGUGUUUGUUUAUUGGUGACUGGAAGUUGGAUUGAAUGGAUGGAUUGAAUGCCAACAAUUGUGUAUAUAUUAUGUAAUGAGGAUGUUUAUAUAUUGAUGAUGUAAAACAUCGAUAAAAUAAAUUUAAC